AUGCCGUGGAAGCCAUUCUGGCCAAACGACCCCAGAUUAGUCCAGACAUCGCGAUGGCCAUCCACGAUGCAAUCCAAAGAAUGUCAAGGCGACUAUUUGCUAGGCUUUUUGAAGGUUCUACAGGUUUCCCGCAUAAAUACAGUCCGUCGUUCAGGCAUUAUCAAACGACUGAUACGGAAUCUUGGUGAUGACUGGAGACCAAACCACGCGCGACGUGUACACGAGGAGCCGCCGUGGUCAUCACCAUCGUCUCCAUCUUCAUCAUCGGCACUGACAUCACCUUCUUCGCGAUCUCCGUCGCCGGUGCCUCUGCCGCCUUGGCCAUCACCACCUGUACGACCGCCAGGGUCUCCAGUAACGAGGGUUCAACCAACAAGUCUGCCUCAAGCUUCGACGCUGACGACUCAGUCCCAACCGGAUCCUUCCGUAGCUGAGUCGACCGAGCAGCCAUUGAAAAAAAAUCGGCGAAGACCUCGUUUCGAGGUCAUGGGCCCAGCGAGUCACGGCCUAACAUACAUGGCUCGAGACCAGGUGCUAAGACUAGCAGGUUCCUGCGAUUUGCAUCAUUCUGAUGUAAGUCUGGUUGCUGAUACUAUGCUUGAUGACUAUUGGCACCAUUAUGAAGAUUUGUGUAUUUGCGAGCAGAUCGGUGCCCUCAUUCUUAAUACCUCCGUCAUUGCACUGGCACUGGCGCACUGCAAAUUUGAUCCAUUGGAACUCCGGAUACCAGAAACCUCUUUAACUAAACGCCGGAACCAAGGUGACUCAUGGAGCGCUGAAUUCCUGCCAUCACAACAUAAAUCCGACUCAGGUCGGGUAGCGAUGUUUGAUGGGAAAAUUUCUGACAAGUUGAUGGUAUACCUAGCAGAGGUGUUUCUCGAAGACUACUCAGAUGAAUUGGCCGAGCAAGCCAUAGACAAAAACGGCCUGGACAGGGACUGGUGGAAAAUUUUGGGUAUCUCCGGAGGGACUUAUACUAUCCACUAUUCUUGCAUCAUGGAGAACGAUUGCUACGAUAAUUUUGGGCGUAUCAUCAGUAUACGAACUGGCAGAGCGUCUGUCGCAGGCUCGUUUCGAAACAUGAUUGGAGAGAACACGAUCAGGGACAUGGACAGUAUAGUCAACCCCAUGAGAUGCAGAGGACAGACGAUGGCGCCAAGUCUACUUGCAGGCGGGACACUUUUACAGCCCCAUUACCGACCAUCAAAAACCAAAAUUUUCAUGGAUGUCGCCCUGCACGAGACUGUCAUCGAGCUCGAGCUACAAGUAGACGUCGCAAAUUCGCGAAACAGGUAUUGGGGAUUCAAAAGGUGUUUGGUAGCGUUGCUGUCGGGUGUCAUCGUGCCUUCAUGCGAGCAUGGUCUCAAUUCAGCUUACGUUUUGAAAAAAGAUCGAGAGGUGGCUAUCGAGGGCUUUCACAUGGCCCGCUUUACAGACCGAUCGUCCGAUCAGGUCCUGGUACUCGCUUUGCAGGGCAACAAGCUGGAGCAGCUGUUGGCCUGCGGGAUGCUGAUGCGAGAAUUAGAGAUGGAGCAAGUUGGCAAGCAUAGAUGGGAACCGGGACAGGAAUACUCAUGGUGGAAACGAGGAGUGUUACAAACAUCUAGCUGCCUGGAAUUCUGCAUUCGCCUCUAA